AAACAUACUAAAUAUAAAUUAUGUUUGACUAACAAUAAGCACGAAAUCAAAUAAUAAUUGUUGCUUUACAAAGUCUAAAUUUGGUUAUAUCAAACACGUUCACGGUAUUCAAUACUAUAUAUUUUAGUAUAAACUAGAGAACUAGAUAUUAUUGUGUAAAUAGUUUCUCUGUGAUUUUGUUUUCUUAUCUCUCUUUAUAUUUAUAAUUAUAUCACUUUAUUUUCGAUUAUUUGCUUAAUUUGUUUGUUAUUAUUUUUGGAUGAGAAUAAACAAAAUCUGAUUGAAAACGAGAUUGUUUCCUUAAGACCGAUUUAUUGAUCACGUCUCCUAUUAACACACUUAAUUAAUAAGGUUGCAUCUAAGUAUCAAGAAACUGUUGCUUCAGUAAAUCUGAGCGCAGACUGAGGUAUUGAUUAGUAACUGGAAGAUGAAGAAUCUAGGUGUGGUUAAUGCCGUGAGCGUUUGUUUUCGUGUAGUCAAGAUCUCCCAGCCGGAGUUAGGUUAUGUACAUCACACUUGGAACGAGAACAGGGCUGAACUUGUAGAGUAGCACGCGAUCUGCGAUGUUUAGACUAUUCAGGCCCUUGCGGGCGGCGAAGAGGGUGUUCUCGACCACCCCCAGAGUGUUCAAAACCGAAAUACCGGAAACUGAUCCAGCUAGUGUCAUUGACGAAGUCGAUAACGAUUACAAGUCUCUGGUUGAAAGUUGCUUUGGGUCAGUUAAAGAGCAUAAUUGCUUCAUCAUAAAUCCAUUUGUGAAAUGGGGUAAAAAGAAGCAGAAGGAUACCAGUCCCCAACAGCAGAUGGAGGAAGCUGUGUCUUUGAUAAAUACUCUGAGUCAAUGGAAAGUCCAAGACACUGUCUCAGUCCCACUAGAUCAUCUGGAUAAAAUCCAACUGUUUGGUACAGGAAACUUGGAGAAAUUGAAGCAGACAGUGAGGGACAACAAGGAUAUAACUGCUGUCUUUAUAAAUGUUAGUACACUGAAAUCAGUACAGCUAGAAAUGUUAGAAAAAACAUUCAGGGUUCCAAUUUUAGAUAGGUACAAAGUAGUGAUGCAAAUUCUGAGGAUGCAUGCCAAUACUAAACAUGCCAAGCUGCAGGUUGCUUUAGCAGAAAUUCCAUAUUUAAGAGGAAGAAUUAAGAAACAUGAUACACGAUUCAUGUCAACCAAUGAUUUUGACACUAAACAUAUAAUGCUUAGGAAAAGGGAACAAAAAUUGAGGACUGCUAUUCAAAAGUUGAGGUUUCAUAGGGAGCUUUUGAGGCAUAAUAGGAAUAAACUUGAGUAUCCUGUGAUUGCAGUGGUUGGUUAUACAAAUGCGGGAAAGACAUCUUUGAUCAAAGCCCUAACCGGUGAUAAAAGUUUGAAACCAAAAAAUCAACUAUUUGCUACGCUCGAUGUCACGAUGCAUGCCGGUGUUCUUCCUUCAAACUUGGAAGUCCUAUACGUUGACACUGUAGGCUUUAUAUCAAAUAUACCAACAGACUUGAUUGAAUGUUUCGUGGCUACACUAGAAGAUGCCUUACACGCAGAUGUCAUUCUGCACGUAGAGGAUUUAUCGAGUAAAGACGUUACCUUUCAAAGGAAUCAUGUCUUAGCUACGCUUAAGCAGUUAUCAUCGAAAACCAAUAAUGAAGACUUUAUGAAUAAAAUCGUUACAGUCGGUAAUAAGAGUGAUAUCGUCAAGGAUUUGGAUGACGUCGAACUACCAGUGUCCGCUAAAACGGAAUCAGGAAUCGACUUGUUGCGAUUACAUUUGGAAAAGGCCAUACUAGAAAAUACCAAUCGCAGAAUAAUGAGAAUUAGAAUUCCUAUUGGUGGUGAUGAAAUAAGAUGGUUAUAUAAAAAUGCAGCCGUGGUUUCGCUCGAUGUUGAUGAAGAGGAUUCCCAGCAGCAAUUAGUUAAAGUAAUCAUAACUAAGGCAAAAUUAGAACAGUUUAAACAUCAUUACUUGAAACGUAAAUAAAUGAAGAUAUUUAAAUAA